AUGGCCGCUGUAGCGCCGACUACCGCAGGAAGGUCAUCCGAGCGAAGGAUGUCCAUUCGCUCGGAUGAUUGGCGGGGUGAAGAUACUAAGCGAUCACCAGAUGACCGCAAUGAAGUGCGAUUUUUCCAGGAUGGGUUGGAUACUGGCGCUCGUAUUCUAGGUGACGGCCGGGUAGACAUCCAUAUCGAUCAGCAUAAACCGCACCUCGCAGGGCUAUUGAACCACAUCCAACGCCCGGAUAGACAUUCUGACCGGGAGGCCGAACGGACCGCCAGUGCAGAACGGCUCUUCUCAAUGGACGAGCCAUUUCCACUGCAUUUAAACCUCGUCAUCCAAGUGAUUGGCUCUCGGGGCGACAUUCAACCAUUUGUUGCACUAGGGAGAGAACUGAAAGCACACGGUCACCGAGUCAGAUUGGCCACACAUUUAACUUUUCGGCAACUCGUUCUCGAUAGCGGUCUAGAAUUUUUCAAUAUCGGAGGAGAUCCAGCGGAGCUGAUGGCUUUCAUGGUGAAAAAUCCGGGCCUUUUACCGGGGUUCAAGGCAAUACGCACCGGAGAAAUCCAGAGGCGUCGGCGUGAGAUGAAGGAAAUCUUCAAUGGAUGUUGGAGAUCUUGCUUUGAAAAGGGCGACGGGACUCACCUUCACCAGAUCAAGGAAGAUCCAUGGAGUAAGACUGUGGAUUAUCGACAACGGCCCUUUGUGGCAGAUGCGAUUAUAGCCAACCCUCCCAGCCUAGCCCAUAUUCAUUGCGCACAACGACUAGGCAUCCCUCUCCAUAUUAUAUUCACGAUGCCCUGGUCACCAACCCAGUCCUUUCCCCACCCGUUGGCGAAUGUCCACUCCCAGAACUGCAAGCCGACUAUCGCAAAUUUUGUGUCCUAUAACAUUGUAGAUAUAAUGGUAUGGGAAGGGCUGGGAGAUAUUCUAAACACGCUUCGCAAAGAUACCUUGGCACUCCAACCUCUGGGUACAAUGACCGCCCCGAGCAUACUACACCGACUACAUGUGCCGCAUUCAUAUCUAUGGUCUCCUUCAUUACUCCCCAAGCCCCCUGAUUGGGCUGAUAACAUCGAUAUAUGCGGCUUUGGCUUCCUCUCAUCAGAGACCAGCUACACACCACCAAAGGAAAUAGCUGCAUUUCUCAAAGCGGGACCAAAACCAAUAUAUAUCGGAUUUGGCUCGAUUGUAGUUGACAAUCCUGCCAAAUUGACGAAGAUUAUAUUUGAAGCAGUCCAAAAAUCCGGACAGCGGGCUCUUGUCUCAAAGGGCUGGGGAAAUCUAGGGGCAGAUGAAGUGCCAGACAAUAUUCUUAUGAUUGGAAACUGCCCUCACGAUUGGCUAUUUCGGCAGGUUUCAUGUGUGAUCCACCAUGGUGGUGCUGGCACCACAGCGGCAGGCCUUGCGCUAGGUCGACCGACGAUAAUUGUCCCGUUCUUUGGAGACCAGCAAUUUUGGGGAAAUAUCGUGGCGCGGGCUGGAGCCGGGCCAGCACCGAUACCACAUAAACGUUUGAACCAGCAGAAUCUCUCAGACGCAAUACAGAAAGCGCUAGAGAGCAGUACCCAAGAGAGAGCACAGGCGAUCGCGAUAAAAAUGCAGGAAGAGUCUGGCGUGCGCCUUGGGGUGAAUAGCUUUUAUCGACAUCUUGAUCCCCAGGCACUCAGAUGCUCUAUAGUCCCGAAUCAGCCGGCGGCUUGGCAUCUAAAACAUACGGAAAUUAACUUGAGUGCCUUUGCAGCAACGGUUUUGGUGAAAUCAGGGAAGAUCAGUCCAGACAGGCUCGUGCUUCUCCGUCCAAUGGAAUACGAUACACUCCUGGACCCUGCCGACCCACUUACUGCUAGUGCCCAGGUGCUCUUCGGAACCCUUGCGAGCUUCGUGACUGGGCUUGCAGAUAUGCCAAGAGAUAUUGUGCGUGAUCUUGUUUCUGCGGCUCGCGCAAUACGCCAUCCCCGCGAACAUUCUGAUCGCCACGCAGUAUGUCAGGCAGCAAUUUCGUCACUGGAUCAAGAUCAAUCAUCCCCAGAGAGUAGUAUUGAGAGUGAGGAAAUGCAGAUUGAAAAUGAGGGCCGGCAAUUGCAGAUUGAGAAUGAUGAACAGGAAGAUAGAGAAAUCGGAGAAGAGGAUAGUACACAGGAAGAUACUGCUGAUGAGGACACUGAAAACCAUGUCAACGACAUCACUCGAAUUCGGAGCAUGGAGCGCAAAAGGAAUCUCCAGCUCGAAAAGGCCAAGACAAUGAGCAGCUCGUUGACACCCUCAAAACCACCGAAAUUCACUGUUUUACACGAAGCUGCGUUACACGGAAGCAAAAUGUCGAAGAAGUUAUUGAAGGUCAUCCUAGUGUUACCAACUGAUUUGUCACUGAGCAUGGCCAGAGGUUUCCACAACGCACCCAAAUUAUAUCACGACUCGACAGUGACCGACGUCCCUCAGGUGGUCAGUCUUCGAAGCGGGUUCAGGGCGGCAGGAAAGGAGCUCAGAGACGGGUUUUACUUCGGUAUCACGGGCCUAGGAACACAUCCGCGUCAUGGUCUUAAGCAUGAAGGUGCUAAGGGGCUCCUCAAGGGGGUCGGGAAAGCAAUGGGUGGAGUGUUUCUCAAGCCGACAGCGGGGCUAUGGGGUCUAGCAGGAUAUCCAUUGAGCGGGGUCCUCAGAGAGAUCAACGACUCGCUAGGCAGACAUCAAAAAUGCAUGAUUGUAAUGGGUCGCAUUUCGCAGGGACUUGAAGAGAUGCGAGAGUCCACGGUCCAGGAAAGGGCAGAGGUAUCCAGCGGGUGGAUUACAAUUGAACACGACUUGAAAAAGUCGAAUAAAAGAUACCGCCAUUUGCAUACAACCUUGUGA